GGUCAGCUGGCAAAACUCUGAUCUCCGCAGAAUUCAAAUUUUUCUGCAUGGAGCCAUAUCUGAGUGUGUAGGCGUAUCGUAACUCCUCCUUCAGCGCUGCAGUGCCCGGAGCCGGGGGGACUGGACAAGGCAGCCAUCGCUUUGUCUUGUCGGGGCCGAAAGCGCGGGUCUCUCCGUCUGCCGCCAGACCUCCAGACAUCUGGCCUAGGAAAAGAAUGUGGUAACCUCUGUGGGGUCUCCAGACAGGGAGGCUGGAAUAAGGAAAGAUGCCAGCUUCAGAAUCGGGGAGGCAGAGGGAUCGCGCUGCUGUCCUUGGGUUAUUCCUUGCCGCCGCUCUUGUUGUGGCUGUCCAGAGUAUCUGCUUUGUUCCGCCGCGUUUCCCGUCUGCAGAACUCAAGGAGAAAUUCCGUGGCGACACCACGUUUCCCCAAGGUUCGGUGGUGGAAUAUGUGUGUCGUCCAGGUUACGUGAGAAAUUUUAACACCCAAACCCUCCUUGUUUGUGGAAGGAACGGUGAGUGGCACGGAUCAGACGAGAUGUGUACACCAAAGUCGUGCGCCUUCCCUGGAGAGCCGCCCAACGGCAGACUCAUCCUCACAGGAAAGUUGAGUUUUGGUUCAACAGUGAACUUCACCUGCAACACCGGGUACAGACUGGUUGGAGAGUCUCAAAUUCACUGCGUGAUUAAAGAUGGGGCUGUUACAUGGGACAGACGUAUUCCCUUCUGUGAGCCAAUACCGUGCUCACCCCCUCCAGAAAUCGCUAACGGGGAGCACAGCGGAACUGACAAAGAGCUCUUUGAAUACGGAGCGUCCGUCACGUACCGGUGCCACACCGUCAGAAGGGGAGAGACACCUUUCGUGCUGGUGGGAGAUGCCUCUAUUUUCUGUACAACCACAGAUAACAUAAAUGGUGUCUGGAGCAAGCCAGCCCCGGAGUGCAAAGUGGUUAACUGUGAGCAUCCGAGAGUGGAGAACGGGAAGCUGCUGAGCGGGUACCGAGCUGAGUACACCUACGGAGACACGGUCAUGUUUGACUGCAACCUCCGCUACACCAUGAACGGCAGCGAUUCAUCCACGUGCACAGAAAACAACCUCUGGGACCCCCCGCUGCCGCUCUGCCAGCUCAGUAGCUGUGAGAACCCUCCAGACGUGCGUAACGCUGUUAAAGCAAAACUUGCUGGCAAUUUGUUCCCCGUGGACACCGUCAUUACCUACGAGUGCAGGGAGGGCUACCAGUUCAGUCCAGGAGAAACCACGCGGAACAUAAUGUGUCUGCCGGAUUUUACAUGGACCGAAACUCCGCAGCCUUGUGAAAGAAUCCAUUGCCCGCGUCCGGAUGUCAGCAAUGGAAAGCCCUUAAGUAUAUGGGGAGAUACAGACAGUUACACGUACGGAGACAGACUGCAAAUUAUGUGUAAUGACGGCUACACUUUCAAAGGUCACGGCAAUAACAUCGUCCUUCAGUGUACAAGCGACGGUAGAUGGGAUCCAGCAGUACCGGAGUGCACGCCAGAACUUAGUUGCCCAAAGCCAGCUACUGCUCAUAGAAGAGAGGUUUAUAAAAGCAAAAAUGACUACACAGCUGGGACACAGCUGCGGCUGGCGUGUGAUUCAGGCUAUGUCCUCAGGGGCCAGGACUUUACUGAGUGUCAGCCUGAUGCGAGCUGGUCUCCCCCAUUACCGUUUUGCGAUGAAGCCUGUGGACCCCCUCCAAAAAUUGCCAACGGGCAGCACUCUGGCUUGGGACAGGAGCAGUUCCCGUAUGGCGCGGAGGUGACGUACAGCUGCGUGGAGGGUCUGUCCCUCAUCGGGGAUGCCUCCAUCUACUGCACCUCCGACGACGGGGUGAACCUGGCGUGGAGUGGAGCUGCCCCGGAGUGCAGGGUGGUUCGGUGCCCCAGGCCCUCGGUCGAGAGGGGAAGGAUGACUCCGCAGAGGUUCACCUUUCCCUACGGGGCGGCCGUGCAGUUCUCCUGCGACGAAGGCUUCGUGCUGCGUGGUGAUGCCGAGAGCCGGUGCCAGGCCGACGGCACCUGGCAGCCUCCCCUGCCCACCUGCCAGCCAGUUCUGUGUCCUCAGCCUUCAGAACAGGGGGACCUAGUCAUUUCCCCUCGGAAAUUAAGAUACGAGGUGAAUGACACUCUGUUUUUCUACUGCAAGCGUGGCGGACGUUCAUCAGCAAGGUCAGAAGCUAUUUGCUCAGCUAACGGCACAUGGAAACCACCACCCACGUGUAAAAAGAAUGAUGUAUGUGAGAAGAUUCUUCAAAACAAGGAAAAUUUCCAGUGCGGAGUUCCUCUGACAGAACUGAAAACUCUGCUGGAAGUCCAAAAACUGUACCUGGAGAUCCAGAAACUUGAAAAGGAGCUAAAACCCACAGCAUAUGGCUGACUGUCGUCACUGCUAUCAUAAGAACUGUCCUCUUGGCACGUUGAAUAAUCAUGCUGAGGAUUUUUGGUUUUAUGACUUCGUAAUUCAUGUUAAUACUUAAGUAGGCAGAACAAAAUUUACCAAUCAGUCAGGGAACAGAUCCGGUCAUAUGGGGAGUCAGCAAGUGACUUCUUAUGGCUCAUCCUGUUAGAGCUCGCUGGGCUAGGUUUGUGCAUCGCUUCAUACGUUUUCAAGCCUUACAUUCAGAUAUGUUUGUUAUACUGACAAGCGCGCGGUUAGGGAGGAACUGAGUGGAAAGUAAAAUUUUUGUCAGAGCCGAGCAGAGGCCGUACGGGCAGGCGUGAGCGUGGGAAGAGCCACCAACCCGCACUCGCCCCGCAGCUGCUGCACCUCUUCAGCUGCAAUCCAGUAUAGCCCACUGCGGCUCUGGUCGUAUGUGGUGCAGUAACUAUGGCGAACGAGCACGUAAUUGCCUAAUUAGCUGUGACCUUCAGAGCAGGCACAAUGAAGAAAACUUCAAAGCCUGUCUUCUAGCAAAACAAAAAUAGCAGGUUUUCAUCCCGAGCAGGACAGAGGCACCUGAGGCCAUGGCAGUGCCGCUCGCUGCAUCUUUGUGUGUGCACUGAGAGUGGCUGUUGGAAAUAGAAGUGUAAAGAAACAGCUGAUUUUUCUUUUUUCUGCAACCUCCAGUAAAGGGGAAGUGCUCUGUUAGCACGCGUCUUGUGAUCGGACCAGUACUCCUUCACCGUGAGAUUAUAAUAAAGCUGCAAUUGUAAUGACA